AUGUAUCGUUUUCAUUCAAAGGAAGAGCUUGUAUCAUGGACCAAUAGAAUGAGAUAUUUUCGAUUCGUUAGAGCAUACGGAGGUCAUGCUAAUGAUGGCGAUACCUUAUUAGCCAAAUUUUCAUUUGAAACAACACAGAAAGUUAGUGAAUUCUUGCAAAGUUUGGGAGUUCAUGAAGGGAAAGAUAUUAUCAACAAUAAGAAUUUCACAGAGGAUGGAUUUUGGAGGGAUUUGAGAAAUAGAGAUUCAAUCUUUCUGUGGAUAACUAAAGAGCCGCCAACUGUCACUCUUCAUGUACAAAAUAAGGAAAAUUGUUAUGAAGUUAAGGAGGAUGAGGUUGUUAGAGCAAUUGAAAUCGAAUCAUUGUUGGAUGAAUUUACAGAAAAGUCGCCGAUUAAUCCUCCAAAACCAUCUAAUUUAUGUUUUUGUAAAGAGAACUAUCCUGAGGAAUUCGAAUCUAAAUAG